AUGAAAACAUUCUGUGGUUCCUAUAAACCAAAAGUAAAUCGGCGAUGCUUGGGAACGUUCUAUCUACAUGGGCAACAGUAUGGUUCAUUGGAAAAUGUGUUCUUUCUUUUGGAUUUGACGUACUUUCAGUUGUUUCUCAAGAAAACCAAACUGUGUUAUCAUGUCAGAGACCGGCUGUUUCAAGAUUUGCGUUGUUAUUUUGGUUUACUUACUGAAAAAGUGAGUGUUUUGUUGUUUUUCCGUUUUUAGGCGAUGCACUAAAGUUAAAAAUUACUAAUUAGAGAAGUUUUUAGGCUUAUCUGAUAAUAAUUUUUGAAAGAUCAAGUAAUUUGUGUCAGCUUGACUUUCAUGGGUAAGUCAACGUAUACUUUCAAGAUUUUCCAAGUUGCCUUUUAGUGUUGAGUGUGUUCUAUAAAAGCUUGAGGAUGGAGAGUGGAAUGUGGUUUUUGUCAACAUUGGGUGGUGGGUUUUCUUCACUGGGCGAUUGUGGAGAUCGUGAAUCGGUAAGUAUAAAAUAAUGAACUUAAGUAAAAACAGUGUAGUUACGUUUUUUUUUGAUAAAUGCUGACUUUAAGUUUUUUUAAAUACACAAUUUUAGGUAGGAGUGAGAAACGGGCCGGGUCUAAACCUUGGGCUCAAAAGUGGGCCCGGCCCGCUUCUCACCCCUAAUUUUAGGCUUUGAAAGCAUUGAAGAUUUCUGAAGCACAGUUUAAAGUGGCAUUAAAGAUGAACGACGAUUUUAUGUGUGGCAGAGCUAUCUUAUACUAUGGCACUGCUAUGGCUCAACUUGCUGAUUAUAACAAUGCUUUUAGAGCUGUUUUGUAAGUUUUUUUUAGAUUUUUUAUUUAGAGUAAACAUAUUAUGACCUUUAAAUUUUUCGAAUAUAGCGGAAUACUGAAAAUGUGCUGUAAUUUAUUAACCUAAUGGCUAAACCAGUAAUGUCUUGAUUUUUUCAUAUACAAUCAUUGUAUGCGUGACAUUUUCAGGCGUGUGUUUAUUUACUCUUUGCAAUAUAAUAACGAGGCAUUGUUUUGUAUGUCGGCUGCAUUGUACAUGAAAAUAGAGUAUUUGGCAGAUGCUGGCUUCAGAAGAAACAAACAGUUUAAAGCGCUUAAACGGUUAUACAAAAAUGUGCCUGCAAAAUACGAGCAUUCUUUGACAGCGAUUGACUUGUACGACUGA